AUGUCGCUCUCCUCUCGACCCACGUACGCCUCUGCGUCCUCCCCAGGGGCAGAUACCCAGUCCGCACUUGACCCUAAAUCCUCCGAUGUCGAGGUCAACAGUAUGGAGGCCCUGCACGUGUCUGACGCGCUGAAUGACCUCGACGAGCCGCCAGAUGGCGGUCUACAUGCCUGGAUGACGGUCGCAGGGACGUGGCUCGUGAGCACUGUCGGAUUCGGCAUUGCCACGAUAUGGGGUGUCCUGCAGAACGGGUACUCAUCGCCGUCUUCGACCUUCCACAAUGACAGCGUAAUCAAUCUUGGUUUCGUGGGUGGAUGUGCGAUGGGCUUCGCCUUUGCCCUCGGUCCCUUCUCCAAUAUCCUCACCUCGCACUUUGGCGUCCGCGCGCCCAUCAUUGUCGGCAUUCUUCUCAUCACUGUGGCCUUUGAGCUUGCAUCGAUUUCGCGGCGAUUCUGGGAGCUGCUCCUGUCGCAAGGAAUCAUGUUUGGGCUCGGAAUUUCGAUGUCGUGGAUCCCCGCCAUCGCGCUUCCCUCUCAGUGGUUCAAAAGGAGACGUAGCCUGGCAUCUGGAAUCGCGUCUUCGGGAACCGGUAUUGGCGCAGUCGUCCUGUCACCCAUAUGUCAGGUGCUCAUCGACCGCGCAUCUCUUCAAUGGGCCCUUCGCUUCCUGGGAUUCCUGGCUUUGACGAUCGGACUCAUCGGAGUGUCGCUUGUACGACAGCGCGGAGCCGCGAAGAAACAUGUCCAGUAUCGCGUCUUUGAUUCGGCCGUGUUGAAAGUCCCGGGCUACCCCAUGUAUCUCUGCUUCUGCUUCUUGCAGUUCUUCGGCUUUGUGACGCCGCUGUUCUUCAUCCCGAGCUAUUCACUGGCGAUUGGCCUGACGGCGACGCAGGCAUCCGGCGUGCUCUCAGUGACCACGGCACUCAAUGCGGGCGGACGAAUCGUCGCUGGUUUCAUGGCCGACAGAGCAGGCUUGUUGAACGUGCUCAUCACCAUGCACGUCCUGACCGGCCUGAUGUGCAUCUUCAUCUGGCUCUUUGCGAAGAGCUUAGGCCCCAUGAUGGUAUUUGCAGUGUUCUGGGGAUUUUUCAGCGGUCCAUAUUGGCCUCUUUCCGUGCCUACCACCGCCAAAAUUGUCGGGAUGGAAAAGCUCGGUUCGGCGGUGGCGAUCCAGUUCCUCACGAACGUCAUCCCACCCAUCUUCGCGGUUCCUAUAGGAUCACGAAUUAUAUCCAGCACGGCCCGUAUGUACGGAAUCGGUCAGGAAACGGGCGAGGCAUACAGGUUUUUGAUUGUGUAUUCUGCUGUCAUACCUGUGUGUGCCGCGAUGCUGCUAGUGCCCGUCCGGCUGAGGUUCAGUAGACGGCUGUGGGCGAAGGUGUAG